AUGAAGGUUGCUAUUAUCACUUACUCCACUUAUGGUCACAUCGACAACUUGGCUAGAGCUGUCAAGAAGGGUGUUGAGUCCGCCGGCGGUCAGGCAGACCUGUACAGAGUCGAGGAGACUUUGUCCAAGGAGAUCCUAGCACAGAUGAACGCCCCUGAAAAGGCUUCCGAUAUCCCAGUAGCAACUGAGAACAUCCUCACUGAAUACGACGCUUUCUUGUUCGGUGUUCCAACCAGGUUCGGUACUUUGCCAGCCCAAUGGUCCUCCUUCUGGGACAAGACCGGUGGUCUGUGGGCCCAAGGUGCUUUGAACGGUAAGGUCGGUGGUUUCUUCGUCUCCACCUCCAGUUACGGUGGUGGUCAAGAAGCCACUGUCAAGCACUGUUUGUCCUACUUGGCUCACCACGGUAUCAUCUACGUGCCAUUGGGUUACAAGAACGCCUUCGCCGAGUUGGCCAACAUCGAAGAAGUCCACGGUGGCUCCCCAUGGGGUGCCGGUACCUUGGCUGGCGCUGACGGUUCCAGAACCGCCUCUGAAUUGGAAUUGAGAAUCGCCCAAAUCCAAGGUAAGACCUUCUACGAAACCGCUAUCAAGUUCGCUCCAACCUCGUCUGCCAUGAUGGACGACAAGAUGAUGAAGGACGAUAAGAUGAUGAAGGAUGACAAGAUGAUGAAGGACGACAAGAUGAAGUCCGGUAAGAAGGCCGCCAUGAAGGACGACAAGAUGAUGAAGGACGACAAGAUGAAGGAUGACAAGAUGAAGGACGACAAGAUGAAGGAGAAGGACAGCAAGUUCUCUUGUUGUACUGUUAUGUAA